UUAUACGUGUUUGACUACAUCAUCACCUUCGACCGCGAGGUCGACUUUGUAUGGGGAAAACCACUGGGCCUAUCCAGCGUGCUGUUUCUGUUGAAUCGCUACUCCAAUCUCUUCCUGGCCAUCACCGAAACGUUUAAUCGGGGCUCAUUCCAUACUGUUGAGGUGAUUUGCAGCUGUGCCGCCAACAUUCGUUUAAACCAGUUGUUCCUUAUUUUCACCUUUUUGGUUGUCACUUUCUUCGCCACACUCCGUGUGUACGCUUCAUGGGCCCGGGACUGGCGACCCGCUCUGCCCGUCCUUAUUCUCGGUCUAGUGCAACCUGCUAUGAGUUUGGUACGCUCCACUUCUGCACGGCGUUCGUACGACUCCCUGACGUUCGCACUAGUAUGGCUUCACCUUCACUCGCCCUUCAGUAUUUUCAGGGUGUUGUUGACGGCGCAAUCCGCAAACAUAGCGUACGACAUGCUAGCGCUCAUCCUUCUCUUCGCGAAGACCGCGGCGGGGAGGAGGAGCGCGAUGUCAUUCGGCUACCACACGAAUCUGGCUGGACUCGUGCUGCGAGAUGGUGAGCGACGUCGCCUGCGAGAUCAUUGGGUUCUGGCUGCUUAUCUCGUACGACUGUCAACAGGCACUUUGUAUUUCCUGUAA